AAUUUGCACUCGUUCAGUCCAUCGUUGGCCCUCACUGGUUCAACUUGCUGCUGCUGUGUCUUGAGCACGAACAAUAACUACACGCCCCGUCCAGGGUCCAGGAGGGAAGAAGCCAGACCCCGGCGUAUAAAACCAGAAACCGUUUGGCCAUUAGGUAACAUUCUGUUGUGUAACCUCGUUCGGAUAGCAUUGAUCUUGAACGCCCAUCGCAGCACAGCGCACUGUCCAGUGGCCGUUGAGCAGCUCACCUGGCCAGGGAAUCUUCGGGAGUGCGAACAGCGCGGUUUGUUGAUGAAAUUAGUUGUUGUGCGUGGAAAAACAAAAGUGGCGUAAGAUAUAAUCCACUAGAGAGUAGAGACUAGUAGCGAAAAGUGGAAGUGAACUGUUUUUUAUCUUAAUUUCCCACAUAUUUUCCACUGCUUCCGAGUGUUGUAAUCGGUUGAGACAAACAAAAAGUGAGCGUUGCGAUUUUUUUAGUUACCCGCUGAUGAUAGAAAACCAUUAAGUGAAAUAAUUCGAUCAGUGAAAAAACCGGUGGACAGCCCCCCUCAAGCUGCGGAAAUUAUGAAAGUUUUAUUGACGUAUUGGCUGAUAGCGAUAUGUUUGUGUUUAGCUAGUGCUCUGCCAAAGCAACGAUUCUCGGCUCUCGAUGAUGGCGCCGAGGAUCGGAAUUUGGUUGGCCUUUCGACCAACGUCAUCACGGCCAGUUUGCUCAAGGGCAGCGUUGAAUCCAAUGCGAACCAGGUGUUCUCUCCGAUUGGGUUUUCCUCGAUCCUGGCUAUGAUCAGCGAAGGAGCGGAAGGUCAAGCCCUACAGGAGUACUACGAAGUGUUCAAGUUCCCGAACGAUAAGGCAACAAUACGCCUUGCAUUCGACCAGUCGUUGAGAAGAUUACACUCACAAAAUCCGGCAAAUGAUCCGCAGUUCAAAAGUUGGUUCUACAUCUACAAGAACAAUACGGUCAAGCAGGAUUUCAGGAGUAAGUUACUGAACAACUACUAUGUCGAUGUGCGGGAUAUCGAGCGCAAUGACUACAACUUCGAUGAACCGAAAACUUCGGUUGGACCGAUCGAGCCGAGUGAGGUUCCAGCAGUAAACAACCCGGUCGUGCCGUCGAACAACAACAGCAAAGAUAUUAUCGAGUUUGAAGUGUUGAAAAUAAAGUCCGUUCCGGGUGCGGUUGAUAAUGUGCGAGCUGAGGCAGGAGUCGCAACCAAGUAUGAUGAAGUCGACGAGGAUGAGAACCCUAAAUUUGACAAAAAUAUCGAAGACAAGUUUUAUGUGGAACCGACCCGAAUCAAAGAGGAAAUCGCCAAACAAAAAGAUGAACAAACCAAUGAAGUGUUGGAUGAACCGGUUGUGAAGGCUAUGGAGGAUCGUGUCGAUCAUUUCGUGCUUGAUAAGCCGAAAAAGAUCGGUCUAUCGCUUAAGAAGUUGGACGAUGACGAUGACGAGCAUGAGAUCAUGCAUGCGGUCGAGAGUCAGGUUUCGAGAAGUAGGUUUAACGUGAGACGAUCAUUCCUUUCUGGCGACAUCGCUUCUGCACUCAGUGGGAACUCGCUGGUUGGUCGAAAGGCUAACACCAAAGAAGAAGAGAACGAGUCAAAGAUGCUGCUUUUCAACGGUUUAUAUUAUCGUGGAAGCUGGGCUAGCCCAUUCCAGAUAAAAUCCGAGCAAGGAAUAUUUUCAGUAAAUGGUGAAGAGAAGCGUGUAAUGACGAUGCAAACGGAGGGCGCGUUCGGUGUUGGAUCAAGCCAGGAGCUAGACGCCAAAUUCAUUGAACUGCCAUACAAUAACACCCGAUACUCCCUGCUCGUGAUGGUCCCGAACAAACCGGAUGGCGUCAAAGAUCUGAUCAAGAACUUCAACUGCAACAGUCUGAGCAGUGCUCAGAAAAGUCUCCAACAGCAGCCGAUUCGAAUUAGUCUGCCCAAGUUCCAUAUUGAUAGCACGAGUCGGGCGGAGAAAGCACUUGCUAAGCUGGGUCUCAUCACAAUGUUCACAUCCAAGGCCGAUCUCAGUGGAAUUACGGACGAGCAGAAAAUCCACGUCGAUGAACUGGUGCAGCACGUGUCUAUUCGGGUUGACGAAGGUGCUAGCAGUGAGUUGUCCCUGUCCGCCAGUGAUACCAUUGAAUCGAAGACUACCCCCGACGGCCAGGAAGAGUUGGAGGAAUUCGUAGUUGAUCGGCCAUUCUUGUUCUUCGUGCGUGAUACUGUAGACGAUUUGGUGAUCGUUGCUGGCAAAAUUACCGACGUCCCUGAAGCGGUCGAGUGAAGUACUCAACUGCUUCCAUCAAAUGUGUUAGGCUAGUGAAAGUUUAAUGUUAACGUUUUAGUUAAGCCGUACAUUCCUCCUUUCCUGUGCGCACUUGAAGUUGCAUUCAUCAGCAUUUUCAGAGUAGCCAAAAGCUAGAAUAUAGAAAAAAACUCACACAAACUCAUACUAUAAUCUAUUCUCAUUACAUUCUUUCUCACGAAUACAAAUGCUCAAAGGAACACAACUUCGCAGAACUAGAUGCACUUAUUUUCAGGAAACAGAAAUUAAACUUUCUCUCAACUGUGCUCGGAGUAAUCGAACGC